CACAAAAAAGUCACAUGAGUGAUUCACGUUGAAAGGUUUUAUGCUGCAACAGACAAUUUACAAGCAUGUUUGUACAAUUUUUUUAUCAACACAUCUAUUAAAUGGUGUCCAGGUACCUUCAACACCCCUAGAUGUCUGAUCCUCAGCCCUCUCCCUCCGCCCCCACCCUCUCCAUUUCUCCCAUCCACUCCUCCCCCACCCCAUCUGUUCUGCUCAACACCGGGGCCAGGAUGCCUCUCCUGGGUCUGGGUACCUACCGGCUCCGCGGCCCUGAUGAGAUCCUCCAGGCCGUCGACGCAGCGCUCUCCACCGGCUACCGCUCAUUUGACACGGCCUCUGUCUACCGGAACGAGGCUGACCUGGGUCGAGCACUGCGGCGACUCCUACCCGAACACGGCCUCUCCCGAGCAGACGUCUUCAUCACCAGCAAGCUGGGCCCCAAGGACCAGGGCUCCAGAGCCAGGGACGGAGCUCUGAGGAGUCUAGAACUGCUGGAUCUAGACUAUAUAGAUCUAUACUUGAUCCACUGGCCAGGGACCCAGGGUCUGGGGGUGGGAGACAAGCGGAACCCAGAGAAUAGAGCUCAGAGCUGGGCAGUGUUAGAGGAGCUCCACGCCCAGGGGAAGCUGAGGGCCAUAGGGGUGUCCAACUACACCCCAGGACAUAUGAAGGAGCUACUGGAGGGGUGUUGUGUCACCCCCGCUGUACUACAGGUAGAGUUCCAUCCCCGUCUGUCCCAGGGUGAGAUGAGGCAUCUGUGUGGGGAGAAGGGUGUCUGUUUCCAGGCUUACUCCUCCCUGGGGACUGGCUCUCUCCUCCAGGACCCUUUAGUGGUCCAGAUUGCACAGGGAUAUGGCCUGACCACUGCACAGGUGCUGCUCAGAUGGGCGGUACAGCAGGGUGUCCCCGUCCUACCCAAGUCAUCUCACCCCACCAGGGUAGCAGAGAACGGCCACGUGUUUGACUUUGAGCUGACUGCUGAAGAUAUGGAGAGGCUGGGGGGGAUGGACUGUGGACAGAAAUACUGUUGGGACCCUUCACAGGUAGCCUGAGGUAGCAGGAUAACCCAGUGGAGGAGAUGGGGCCUGUAGCCCAAAGACUACUGCUUUGAAUGCCUUGACGUUAGCCUGAAGCUACAUACUCACUGACUGACUGGAUUGCUAUGAAGCAAACGUUGAUAAGAUGUCAAAGUAUCGACAGAACUUAAGUUUCCCACUGAGAUUCUUGAACUAAGAGUAGAUUUUUUUUUUUUUUUUGCAACACACAAAGACAUCUGAGGAAGAUUAUGAUACCAAGAUCAAUGCUAUUAUUUUUCAUGUGAUAUUUGUUACAAAUGAUUAAAAUCUGUAUUAAUUUGA